AAUUAAUACACAAAUAUAAGAAUGGAAGCUAAUAUUCCUCUUUCUACUCACCAACAAGAGCCUUUAUCAAACAGAAAGAACCCAGGCAAUAAUCAUGAGGGGGAAGGAAGAAUUUGAUAUGAAUUUGACCCUGAAGCAUCCUCUGAGAGCUCAAUUUGUGUUUCUGAAAAGAAAGACAUUGGUCCUAAAAGAGAUAUUCAGGAAUUGGGGCAUCAGGAUGAGAAACCCAGCUUUUACCACUGAGACUCCUGCUACAAACAGUUUAGCAAGAAGAUUAUUCUAAAAAUGCAUAUGAGAAAGCACAAUGAUAUAUCGAUUGAUAGCUGCCUGAAGGCAACAGAACCCAAGAUUCAUGCAAUAAGUUCAGACAAGAUUCGUGAAUCCAAGAGAAGAAUAAAGGAGUCACAAUUUGAAGAGCCUAUGAAAUACCCAUUGCCCGCAUUAUCAACAGUAAAAUCUAAAGUGAAGGAGAAAGAGUAUGAAGCUGAAGAAGAUAAAUGGUCGGACACAGACGGAUUUAGUGUUUCAGUAACCGAAGAAAAGAACAAGAGGGUUCAAUUACCCGACUCAGACCUCGUUGCAAUAGAGCUAUCAAACCUCAUAUCAAGUAAAAAUACACUCCAAAGUGCCCUCCUAUCCCCUUCUCCAACCGGUUUCCCAAAUUUCUGCCCUUCCUCAAGCCCAUGCCCCCUAAGCCAAGCAACUACAAAUCCCGUGACUAAGCACAGGCCAAGUUCAGAGUGCAGGAACAAGAAGGAAUUUUAAGUAGAUUUUGUACUGAGAUUUUGGGUAUUCUUUGGGAAUCUUAAAGGAAAAAAGAAGCUGAAGUGGGAAAAUGAGGUGUCGGAUAUGGAGAGAGAGAACUGAGGAAGAUCUGAAGAGUGAUUUAGGUGGGAUUUGAAAGAAGAUCUUUGGAAUUUUUGGAUUUGGGUAAAGACAUAAGCAUUUCGGCUUUCUUUUAGUCUGGAAAGAGAGACUAAAGAAUGAGCCCUAUGUUUUGAUAGUGUAGGGCUCAUCUAACUUGGUUGUCGUGUGGAGUUACAACCUCUGCUGGCAAUCUAGACCAUCACUAUUAAUU